UGAUAUUUAAAGCUAUCAAGAUUAUCCCCAUUCUCCGUAUCUACUGCUAUUGACCUCUUUCUAUUCGUGCUACCAUCGCUACUACUCCCACGACAACCAUCGCAACUGUUCUCUUUCCACGUAGAGAUCAAUUCCAACCUUCCGCCCUUAUCAGAUAGAACCGAUGAGAUGGAGAAGGCCGACUCACCAUCCCCAACGCCCCCCCAAAGCGACCAUCUCCCCCCCAGUGCCGACGAUGUCCUCCACAGUCAAUUUCAGCAGCUCAUCCAGCACAACGCGUCGACCGCACCAGCCGACGUGCAUAGCCAGAUAAGUUCUAAUCCACACUCUCGCUAUUCCAGCCCAGCGCCACCACAGCAACAUAUGAAUAUGCCCAUUUACGACCAUGGGUCACCCUACGCCACGGGCCCUCCUCCUGCUUCUACGUAUGGUAGCGCAUAUCAACAGCAUGGUUACCACAUGGAACCCAGCCCGUACCCGCAACUGCCCGAUACAGGCUCGUCACUGACACCGCACAAUGCAUAUAGUACUCCAGCAACUUCACCACCUACACCAGUACAGACAGACGGCAUCAUGACACGAAGUGGACGAUCAUUAGCCCGAGCGCAUGGUGACGCAUCCGUGCUGGGCCCUCAAGCCUCACGCAUAGAGAAAUCAUCACCGAAACCAAGUAGAUCAGGCGCAGGCGCCAGAAAGAACAAGAAGCGGAGAGGAAAGGGAUUAGGAGACGAACCAGCGGUGGUGUUGGAAGCGCCGCUUAGCGUGCUGGUCAAGGAUAUCACGACGGUGAAAGACACUAAUAUCGAAGAAUACGUUAACCGCUCCCCCGCGGAACGGCAGGCCGAAGUACAAAACUCCAAGGAGGGCAAGGUGAAGCGUCCGAUGAACGCUUUCAUGCUGUACCGAAAAGCCUACCAAAACCGUACCAAGGAGUGGAAGAAGUACGAUAACCACCAGAUUAUCUCUCAACUCUGCGGCACCAGCUGGAACAUGGAGGGCCAGGAGUUGCGAGAUCAAUACGACACCUGGGCCAAAAUCGAACGAGCAAACCACAAACUUGCUUUCCCCGAUUACAAGUUCGCUCCCGCCAAGGCCAAGAACAAGAAAGUUCCCCCUGCCGGAAGGGGGGCAGGCCCCAACUCGGAAGAAGACGGUUCGGACUUGGAGGGUUAUGAUUGGGAUAUUAGUGUACCACCAUCGAGGAACGGGAACAGGACCGCUAGACCUCUUUACGACCACCCGGAUGCCGAAUACCGGCCACCGGGGAUGCGUUCGGCAUACGCGCAGUACCCACCGCAACCUCCGCCGCCGCCACCGUCGCAUCACCGCCAUCAUCAAUCGCCGAUGAUGCAUAACCCUCGGCUCGGCUAUCCGCCACCUAAUCAGUCAUCCUAUCACUACCCCAACCCUGGAAAACCCCGGCCUGCCGAGUAUGGCACGAGCCUGGGACAAAAUCAGUACUAUCAGCAGACGAACGAUUACAGAUCGUACCCGCCAGCCCAUAUGUAUGGGGCACCCAUGCAGCAGAGUCAGCAGCAGUACGUCGAUAACAUGUAUGUGGGCAGGACGAACUCACCGGGAGGCUCGUACCACAGCUCACCCGUUGACCACUACGGCGACCUGAUAGGGUCUCCCUACCCGACGCCUCAACCCCAGCAGCCGCAAGUUGCCAUGCCACAUUCACGCGUCCUCGAACACCAUUCCAACCACCACCCCCAGCCUCACCCUAUAGACCCUUCGCUCAUGGGGCCUCCGCCGGGAGCCAACCAGUUUGACACGCUGGGGAUUCUGCAAGGGCUGGAUCAAAACGAUGGGGGCCUAGGAUCGUACUCGCUGGACCAGAUGCCAUCACUGAACGGGCACGGCAGUGGGGCCGGCGACAGUAACAGCCACGCGCAAUCGCAAUCGCAGCAGCAGUUCGAGCAAGCGUUCCAACAGGUCUCCAGCGAAGGCGGCGGGGUCGACGUAGAGCCCUCGUGGCACGACGAUCCGGUCAUGACGAAGCUGGACAGCGACUGGGAAACGAUCGCGGCGGGCGGUGAGUUCAACCUCGAUGAUAUCGACGGGAUUCUGGGAACCACGGAUAGCCCGGGGGGUUAAAUGAGAACGGAGUACGGAGGAUCGUAGACGAAGAAAGUGAGAGGAAGUAAGUGCGUGUGCGUUAGAAACUUGGAUGGGAACAAGUAAUACCCCCAUC